GAAAAUGGGUUUCAAAAGGAGGAAGGAGAGAACAAAAGAAAAGAAGAAAAAAAAAACAUGUGGUGUUGGUGUUCCAACGUGGUCAUCUCAGCACACGCCACACCAUGUUUCAAGGCUCUUGUUGUUCCCUCCGUCUCCGCCAGUUCUUUAUCACAGAGCCGCCGCCUCCGUCAAGAACCAAUCACCGAGCAUCAAGUUGGGAUAAUAGGCCACACCUUAACAGCCAAUCUCGAAUCCAAUUCAAAACCAGAAAAGCAACAGAUGAAUGGGUCAGAUGUGCUCUGGGCAUUGCAGAGAGCAACCACUCGUAAGAAGAUUAUCAAGAACAAUAAAAAGAAGGAGCGUGACCGUGGAAGGGAUUCAUCCUCUGCUGUCAGUUCCAUGGAAGAAAAUUCUAUGGACUACCAUGUCCGACCACUUUGCAUAAACGAUAAUUGGGGCACUAAAUUGGAUGAACUGGAAAAUCGUCUUCGUGACCUUUCAGAUACCACUUGAUUUCAUUUCACACUUGUUGGUAUUUUACACAUGGAACAGAAACUAUAUAUAUUUUCUUCUUCCGAGUCCAGUUAGACUCAGUAUAUUUGCAUUAUAGGGAACGAGGCGUGAAGAAUACCAUUGUAUGGAAAUUUCUCAGUAAUUUUCUGUUAGAUUUGUAUCUCUUUGAUUUUGUUGUCACUAUUUCUUUGUAUUUGUGGCAGCAUUGGUAUCUUGUUCGUUCCAUACAGCAAACAGCAAAAUAAACACAUUUACCUGAGCUA